AUUAUAGCCAAAUGUGACCUGCACAGCAAGAUUUCACUUCAGUUUCAUCAGAACUCAGAAAGGUCAGACAAUUUCACAAGCGCCAAUGACCAUGAGCCAACAACCAUUGAAAAUUGCAACACGCAAGCAUCUGUCGCUGAACUUUUUCACCAACACCAAGUAUGAGUUCCUUCUUGCUGGCAUCACAGGUGGUGUUGCCUCCACCAUGACUGUCCAUCCUCUUGACCUUAUUAAAAUCAGAUUUGCUGUUAAUGACAACCAACUCGAUAGCAGACCAAAGUACCAAGGUGUUAUGCAUGCUGUGCGGAGCAUCGUGAGGGCAGAUGGCUUCCUUGGUCUCUAUCAAGGAGUGACACCAAAUCUUAUUGGUAAUGGGGCAGCUUGGGGAUUUUACUUUCUCUUUUACAAUGCAAUUAAGUCGUCUAUGAAUCAAGGCGAUACGAGUAGGCCACUACAUGCCAGUCAGCACAUGCUUGCAGCAUGCGAAUCUGGCGUCCUGACUUUGGUACUCACAAAUCCCAUAUGGGUAACUAAAACGAGACUGUGUCUGCAGUAUGAGUCAGUCAAGUUGGACAACACAAAGCGCUACAAGGGAAUGACUGACUGCUUGCUGAAAGUCUACAAGUAUGAAGGUAUCAGAGGCCUGUAUAAGGGCUUUUUACCAGGCCUCAUAGGUGUGUCCCACGGUGCACUGCAAUUCGUCAUCUAUGAAGACAUGAAAAUUGUCUAUAACAAGUACAGAGAGAGAGCCCAUAAUGCGAAAUUGUCUGUCAUCGAGUACCUUGCAUGUGGUGCUUCAUCAAAGAUGAUCGCCACCUCCAUCACCUACCCAUAUCAAGUGGUGCGCGCACGUCUUCAGGAUCAGCAUGCUACACACAAUGGUGCCAUUGACAUCAUCCGUAAGACCUGGAGUUUCGAAGGGUACAGAGGGUUUUACAAAGGUCUCUUCCCAAGUUUACUGCGAGUUUCGCCUGCAACAGCGAUUACCUUCCUUGUCUAUGAAGAAAUCAUCAGUUUGCUGGGUGCUAAGACAUGAGUUGUUGAAAGUGGACGUUGGUAAAGAGCAAGUGAACUACAUGUAGCAUGCCGACAAUGUUAUUAUAAUCACCUGAAAUAAUUAAAUGCAUGUGUUUUGUGGAUGUCUUCUAUCAUGCACUACUGAUAAAUAACUGAAUAUAAAUAUGUGCGUGUGCGUGUGCGUGUGCGUGUGCGUGUGCGCGUGCGCGUGCGUGUGAGAGAGAUUGAUUUACUGGCAGUUGUAUCAUGUUGUUGAUGUGUAGUUGUACUGCAAUAUUAUUACAGAUUGUUGGAUAAUUUAUGAUAGUUGUUAAAAAUAAUUUAAUACUUAGUAAAUUACAUGUCUAUUUUA